GCUCUUGCGAUGGCCAUCCCGUCGGACGACGACGUUCCCUGGAUCUUCACGAACCGCUCGUCUUUGACUAAGUUGAAGAACCUCCUGGUGAGCAUGAAGGAGUCUAAGGUCUUUCAGCUGUCGAAGGCGCCGCCGCAGAAGGGAGAGGCCCCCAGCGUCUCCGCGCCACCCCAGAAGAAAGCUCGCAGGGGCAAGAAGGCUGGCGGUGGCGCCGAGGUGCCUGAGGUCGUUGACGGACAAACCGUAUUUUUGCAGGACGUGCACAACGCUGUCUCCUACACUCUCCAGGGCGUAUCAGAGAAGGACAUCGACGCCGGUGUCGUGUGGGAGGUCAAGGCGAAGGCCGUGGCUUUUGGAUUGACGGGCAAGGUGGAGAUGGAGAAGGCCCACCUCCUUGCCGACCGCGCGCACGUCCAGGCGGACCCCGACGGGGUCGCAGCCGCGGACAGCCUGGAGACGGCGGACUCCCUCGGGUCGGGGUCGGCGGCCAUCGCGUCUGCGCCGGAGGAGGACAUGCCGACUGGUCUGGGGCCCGUUGCCACCGUCAAGAGGAUGCUGACGAUUGAUCGCAAGCUGGGCGCCAGGCUCAAGGCAUUCGCAACCGCGGUCAGCGGGAGUUCGGGCCAGGGCGCGACGGCGUUCAAGAGGACUCAUUCGGGCUUGGCGACUGCUUGCACUGCACUGUGGAACGGGGUCUCUGCUCACAUGACAGAGGUUUCCUUCGCUGGUAACGUCUGCGCCUACAUCGUCGAGAUCAUCGACGAAUCUGUGAUGCAGACCGCCAUCGAGAGGGAGUUCGUGGAGGUCGCCGCUCUCCUCUACAAGGCUCGCGGCGAGGAGCACGCUGCCGAGCUUUCUCUCGACGCAGAGGACAUCAUGGCUAUCGAGGAGUUCCUUUGCAUGAGGUCAAUCUACAUGGUGAUCCUAUUGGAUGAAGCGUCCAUCUGUUUGAAAGAGGCCGUGAAAAGGAUGCAGACCGCGACGGAGCCCGACCUUGAGAAGAUCGGCCGCAUUCUGGCAGCGUGCCCCAUGCUCGAGAACGGUCUCAAGUUCAUUUCUGAGAACGAGGAGGAGGUGGCAGCUGCAGACGCGAAGUGCCACAAUAGGGUCCGCUGGUGCGAUCUCUGGCAGCGGAUCUGCAGCAAGUCCGACAUGACUGAGAUCGACGGUAAUUACAAGGCGCUCGCCGAUGCAAAGGGCGACGCUGCAGCUCUGCAGAUGCUCGGCGCUGACCUCGCCAUCGAGCUUGACGACGCCGAGGCCGACGCCGAGAAGCUCUUUCAGGCGGUCGAGGCCAGGUUGAAGCAGAAGAAGUCCGACAUGGUCAAGGAUAUCCUUUCCGUCGCGGGGGCCGCCACGGAGACGGACCCCGCUUUGUCCGACAUUGCUGCUGCGGUUGAUGAGGCGAUGAACGCGGGCACCCAGGUGAAGGAGUCCAGCUUCAAGCCUGCGCUGGUCCAUGCCGCCAGCGCCGCAGCCGCCGCGUGGGAGUCCUUCGAGUUCGCGACCAAGGCGACCCUCGAGCUCACCCGGGCGUGGCGCUUGGAGAAGUUGCUCGGCGACGCUUGCACGGACUUGCUGCUGGUGAAGCUGGCGAAGGAGAACAGGAACCAGGUCUCCGCGGCCUCGGCCGCCGCCCAGGGGAAGCAGCGCCUCUUCGUCAAUGUCAGCGACCCUCGCAUCAUGAACAUGAAACUCGCCCUCGUGGGCAAGAUCUCGCUGACCACGGUCGCCUUCACUGUGAAGACCGUUGACGCGUACAUUGCGGGCAAGAUCGGCGGCUCCUUCAUCUGCGUGACUCCGACCGCAGGACGGCCAGUGGCGAACGGCGUGGUGCCGCUCAUGCUGGUCACCAACGCCCCCGUCGAAAUCGCUGGGAGGCGCGUCGAGGUCAAAUGUCUGACGCCGAACGCCGCCUUCUUCCCAGCUCACGCCGCCAAGGUCGAGGCCGCCCGGAAGACCGCCCAGGAUAAGCUCGACAAGGCGAACGCCAAGGCCGUCGCCAAGGGCCUCGCCGUCGAGACAACGGUCGCCGACGUCUCAUAUCUCAACUACGUCGAGCUCACCAGGGAGCCGCUCCCAGCAGAGCAGCUGGCAGCG